AUGUCCCUUCCUACUCCUCACCAAGCUGUCAUCAAUGCCUUGACCAAAGACCUUCUACAAGCCAACCCGGACGACCCUCUUCAAUACUGUGCGAAUUACUUUAACCGCCAGCUCGAAGUCGAGCGGGCUACUUGGCAAAAGGCAGACAAGCCGACCACUCACGCCAUCCGCAAUAUGGCAGACACCGCUGGUCCUUUCGACAGCCGCAAUCCCUUCGCGGCAAAGAACGUCAGCAGCAUAGAAGAGGAGGAUGAAGAUCGAGAUACUUUCGGCUCGCCAACUGACCCUACCUUCAAGUCUCAAGCUUCAGAUCGCUCGCCCUUUGGUGGUUCUGGCUUUGGAGCCGCAUCUGGCGCAGCCGCAGGCGGUGGCCUGUUCGGUAACUGGCUAGGCGGCCAGGAUAGUUCUUCAGCAGAAACAGAGACACCCGCACAACCGCUCCCAAACAACUAUGCAGCUGGUCGCAGGACUUCGGUUUCUGCCGAGUCCAUGCAACCUGACGCUGACUCAGGCAACUGGAAGGCUCCCAAACAUUCAAAGACACCUGAACAAUUUGAGAGACUCAGGAAAGCCGUAGCCGGCAACUUCCUGUUCUCAAGCCUGGACGAAGAAUCCUUCCGGCUGGUGCUGGACGCUUUGGUGGAGAAGUCCAUCCCUGCCUCCAACAUCAAAGUCAUUACUCAGGGCGACGAGGGUGACUAUUUCUACGUUGUUGAAUCAGGCGAGUUUGAUAUCUACAUCAACCCCAGCGGCUCUGUCGAGUCGGGACCUGAAGGCUUGGGAAACAAAGUUGGAACCAUCGGACCGGGUGGCAGCUUCGGUGAAUUGGCCUUGAUGUACAAUGCUCCUCGUGCCGCCACUAUUGUCAGUGCAUCCAAAGGCGGAUUACUCUGGGCGUUGGAUCGUGUCACAUUCCGCAGAAUUCUGAUGGACAACGCCUUCCAAAAGCGCAAGAUGUACGAAAGUUUCCUGGAGGAGGUACCUCUAUUAUCGUCCCUCAAGCCGUACGAGCGAUCCAAGAUUGCCGAUGCCCUCGAGACAUCCAAAUUCAAUGCCGGCACGAACAUCAUCACCGAAGGUGAGCCUGGCGACUCGUUUUAUCUUUUGGAGUCGGGCGAAGCCGUGGCCUAUAAACAGGGUAUUGACAAGCCUGUCAAAGAGUACAAGAGAGGCGAUUUCUUCGGCGAACUGGCCUUGUUGGACGACAAGCCUCGUGCUGCCAGCGUAGUGGCGCAGACAGAUGUCAAAGUGGCCAGACUAGGAAGAGACGGAUUCAAACGACUUCUUGGACCAGUGGAGAGUAUCAUGAGACGAGAAGAAUAUGAGGCCGGAGAGUCACUGGAUCCUCUGAGCCAACACAAGACGGUGACCUAG